UAUAAUAAUCUGUUUUCAUAAUAGUAUGUCUUUAGCUAAAAAAUCGUUUUCUGUAUUAGUAAGAUUGUUUUGAGAUCCUUAUAUUCUAAAAUAUAAAAUUUUGCAGCUCUUUUUUGAAUAUAUUUCAAUAAUGCGUCUUCCGAAGAUUCAAACUCUCGUGUUUUUAUUUCUCCUGUAUGGCAUUUUAGCAAAAACUGUUCCAUCUGAAGAAGAAGCGGAGACUAUUACUGUAGAAAAAAGUGAUGCUGAGAAAUUUUCUGACAUAAUACAGGCACUAGAAGAUAAUUUUAAGUAUGCUAUGAAAGGAGCUGUGCGUUCUUUUUUGCCAGGAAUGUUAAAACUGAACGAAGAACGUAACAUAUCUCGAAAAUGUUCACAAUCCUUAAUGAAAUACGUUGUAGCUCUCACCAAAGGGAAAUUAUGGGCUGUAAAAAUGCUGGAUGCAACAUCUAAAUUACCUCCCGGGAUCCUGAUGGGAACGAUGGCAGAUUUCGGAUCUUUUGAUGAAUGUCUCGAUAUUGAAGUACGACAGAAAAAUGGACAGCUGGCCUUCAGAGGGAGCUCUUGUGCUGUGGAGGCUAAACCUCCCCUACCACCGAAAUUGGGGAACUUUUCUCUUGCUAACGUCCAAGUAGCUGAUCCAGAAGACACGUUUGGUGCCCAAUUUCAUGCAGCCUACGAAGCACUUCAUGCCAAAGCUCUUAGGUUAAUUGUUUGUUUGCCGUCUGCUUGCUCAGUUGAAGAUGUGCAGCAUAUUGCUGACAAAGUGGCCAAUGCAACUGAUUUUCAGCUUAAAAUACCCAAAUGUUAUACCAAAGAAGCCUCCAAACUGGAGCCUAUCCACGUCGCUGUGAUAAUAACUAUAGUGAUCCUUUUCGUUCUUUCCGUUGCGGGAAGUGUUCUGGAACAUCGAUCGAAGAAAGCAGAAACCGAAAGACAAAGUGUCAAAGAGAAAAUAAUAUCAGCGUUCUCGAUCACGACUAACUUCAAACGUCUCGUGGCUCCUUCUGGCGGCUCGGCAGAACUCAAAUGCAUCCAUGGCAUCAAAGCCCUGGGCAUGUGUUGGAUCAUUCUCGGACAUAACUAUGUAUUAGUGGACUUUGAUGUAUUCAAAGAUACCUUUGCUGGUAAAAGCUGGUUUAAUUCCUUACAGUUUGAGCUGAUCCAUAAUGGAUGGUUAGCUGUGGAAACGUUUUUCCUGCUCAGUGGUAUCUUAUUUUCUUACGCUGGCCUGAAAGCCGUGGAAAAGGUCAAAGGAAGAAUAAACAUCCCACUUCUUGCACUACGUCGAUACGUCAGAUUAACGCCACCACUUCUUCUGAUGAUGGGCGUGGUCUUCUUCCUGCCUCUGCUCAGUUCCGGACCAUUUUGGUACCGAACGGUAGAUCCUCAAGUUGAGUCCUGUAGAAAAUACUGGUGGACCACAUUGCUUUAUUUUUCGAAUUGGUGGGGCAUCGAUAAAGGGUGUAUCUUAACAACUUGGUACUUGGCGGCUGAUUUCCAACUGCACAUACUCUCUCUUAUUUUGCUUAUAAUUUUAUUCAAGUAUGCAACGUUUGGACUUUCAAUACUUGUUGUGUCUGUGGCUAUUUCAUGCGCAACGGUUGGAAUUCAAACAAUGCUGUUGAAUUUGACUCCGACAAUUUCUUUAGCAACUAGUGACGACGCGAAAGUGUUGGAAGUGGUGAACAAUAUCCAUGUGCAAACAUUUACGCAUUUGGGUCCCCACUGUAUUGGAAUGGUUUUCGGUUAUUUCAUUUAUAAAUAUAAGGAUCAGAAGCUCAGUAAGCCGUUCGUCAUCGCCGGUUGGUUGAUGUCAAUUAUACUAUGCUUGACUACUGUACUUGGUAACCACAGAUUUACCACUGGAGCGGAAAAGUCUAGAAGUCUUGCUAUCUUCUAUGCAGCGAUGCAUCGAUCAGUCUUCAUUCUUGGAGUUGGAUGGGUGGUUUAUGCCUGUAUUAAGGGUUAUGGAGGUCCUGUGAAUUCCUUGCUAUCUUCGGCGGUGCUAGCUCCCCCCGGCAGACUGACAUUUAUGGUUUAUUUGGUGCAUCCGCUAGUGAUAUGGACAAAAUUAGGAUCUUUCCGAGAAAGAAUGACUUCGUGGCAUUACGAAGGUGUGUAUCUCUUCAUUGCAAAUGUAGCGAUAUCGUAUGCUGUUGCUGUACCAUUUUAUCUGUUGCUGGAAGCUCCGCUGGCUAACAUAGAUCGAAUGUUAUUUAUGAGACACCAAUCUUCGUCGGAUGAAGAAAAGAGACAGAAGGAAACAAGUCCUCCAAUGAAUGACAAUGUCGUUUUGAACGGCGUAAGACGUUAUCCGCAAGAGCUUAGACCUGACCAUUUGGAAAGCAGCAGAAGUAAAGCUGUUAAAUGAAGGCAAACGGACUUGUAUGCUUGUGCUAUGACGAUACCAACAAAGUUGCGGUAGCCAACAUUUAGUGCUACAUCGCUGAAAAACACUGUGCAGUGACUGUAAAAUUUGGUUCGGAAUAUGGACAUGCCAAUGACGAAAAUGUUUUGCAAAACUGAGCUGAUAUUUGUAGUUAACGUGUUAUAAAAAUGAGGCUUAAUGCAUUUUUCAAUUUAAAAUAAAAAAGCACUUAAUGAAGGAAUGAUUGAAAUUAAAGAUGAAUAUAUUCUUUAACUCUUUCGCAUCAGCAGAGGGCAAAAUCUGUUUCUCGCAAACGUCUGAAACUCUCGUAUGUACGAAUUUUUGUUAGAAAGGAUUCCCUUCCUCUAUGCCAAGAGAAUGGUACAGCGUUAACAAUAACCUGCUUAAGGGAAGCGAUUAUUUCUGUCUUGGGGAUCUUGUGCGGUUUCACCCACUGUUUGCACAUUCCUCCUUAGGACAGAAUUGCAACUCCUAGCAUCGGUAGCUAAAAGUUGAAGAUAUGAAAAGAAAGCUAUAUUCAAAUGAAAGAGCUGCUUUUAAUCGGUUUAAAAGAAUGACUGGCAUGUCAUUUAACAACUCCCAAAACCAACGAGUCAUACUAAUGCUAUGGGGGAAAGCCCCAGGUAGAAAAAGGAUGGAUGUUUUCGGAUGACCAGCUGAUAUCUGAAAGCACGGGCGUUUCGAGUGACUUGUGAAAGAGUUAAAAAGCAUUAAUUUUCAUUUUGCUAAUAUUGAAGCCAAAUAUAUGUUUAGAUUAGUCAAAUAUUACAGCUUAAUGUGGUGUGCUUCUUUUGACAUGUAUUGCCCAAAGACUGUUAUAUAUAAAAUAAACUAAUGGCUUGUCAGUAAUGUGUGCAUACGAGAAAGAACUUUUGAAUCGCAUGUGGAGUAUGGAUCAUUCAGGAUUAGAUGUAUAUUAAAGAAUAGUAUUAUGAAAAUUACCUUGGUACACACAAUUGCUAUGUUCAUUUUUAAGCUGCUUGAUAUAACAGUUGCAUUCGAAAGCAUUUGUUCUAUUUGUGAAUAUUAUGUUUCUAUGUCACAUAAUACCUUAUCACUAAGUAUACAUGCAUUUCUGA